CCGGGCCACACGGCUUCCUCCCAGAGGAGCAGCAGGGCGCAGGGCGGAACCUGCAACAGCAGGUGCACCUACUCCAGAGAAAGGAGAGCCGGGUGCACCGUUCCACGGUAGAGUCGGUCUCGGAAGGGGCGCCUGGCCCGGCCAGAGCGGGAGGAAGCGGAGGGGGCGCCCAGGUGCAGAGCAGCCAUGGGCGCGGGGGCUGGGACGCUGCUGCUGGCGCUGCUGCUGGCGCGGGGCGAGCCCCAGGAGCCGGAAUCGGGGGCAGAGGACUUCCUGCCAGGUCCCAUGAACACCGAGCUGUUCUCAAAGCCCUGUGGCCACCAGGAUAUUAAACCGCUGAUCGUGGGCGGGGGAGAGUCGGUCCGUGGGCGCUGGCCGUGGAUGGCCAGUAUGCGCAGGGAUAGCAUCCCUGUGUGUGGGGGCACCUUGCUGAACCACCGCUGGGUGCUCACAGCCGCGCACUGCUUCAGAAAGACCCAGAAUGUGAAGCGGUGGCGAGUCCAGCUGGGUGAGCUGAGUAACAGGCCGCCGUUCUACAACAUCCGUGCCUGGAUGACACGAUUCCGAGUGAACAAAAUCGUCAUCUUCCCUCUCCACCUGGGCACGUCCAACGACGUGGCCCUGGUGGAGCUGGCCUCCCACGUGACCUACAGCACCUACAUCCAGCCCAUCUGCGUGCUCUCCUCCACCUUCAUGUUCCUGAACCAGCCCAACUGCUGGGCCACUGGCUGGGGCUUCAUCUCAGACAACGGCACUGGAAUACCCCCUCCAUACAACCUCCGGGAAGUGAAGCUCGCCGUCAUCAACAACACCUGGUGCAACCACCUCUACACACUGCCCGCCGAGCGCACAGACAAGGGCGCUAUCCACGACAGCUGGAUCUGUGCCGGCAGGGAAGAGGGCGGUGCAGACGCCUGCGGUGGCGACUCAGGGGGACCCUUGGUCUGUGACAGCGAUGGAAUCUGGUACCAGCUCGGAAUCGUGAACUGGGGAGUGGGCUGUGGGCUACGCACCCGGCCCGGUGUCUAUACCAAUGUCAGCCAGUACUUCAAGUGGAUAAAGUUGGUGGCUGGUGCGCCCAAGCCGGACCCCUCCCCUACUCUGCUGCUGCUGGCUCUGCGCUGGGCUUCCUGGGUUCUGUGGGCAGCAUGAGCUGCCCACCCCACCCCCCACAACUAUGAGGGUGUGCUGGGUGCCCCAGCGCCAGCCCCUUCCCCGGGGCUGUAGGCACCCAGGGCUGGGGUGGGGACUGCCUGUGGACCUGGCUCCUAUCCUCUGUGUCUCAUUUGCUAAUAAACCUGUGUGGGCGCCCCAGCUGUCACUCUAAGGUUUGUGCAGAGCCAGCGUCUUCAUGAGCAACUCCCUCUGUUCAGCCGAGUCCAUCCAGCCCAAGACAGUCCCCCCACUGCCAAACCUCUGUCCCCCGACAGUCACGCUCUGGUUGAAACAGGAGAGCCCCCUCCAGUGCGUGCAGGCAGGAAGAUAAAGAUGGCAGCGCAGGCCUGGCUCCAGGUGGCUGGGGGCGGGGGCACAUGCUCCCGAGGCCCCAUUCCCCUGUCCCCACCACACAAGCCCUGGACACUGCUGCUCCUGCCAUGGGCCCCAGAGGCUGGCCUGGCUCAGGACGGGGUGCAGGUGUGCAGUGGGAGGUGGUUCCCGGGAAUCACGGGGAGGAAGAGGCAGGGGAGGAAGCAAUGCUGAUGCGUUUGCAGGGACGAGGAGGUCCCCCCGUGGGCGACUGAGUUGCCGUCCUGCUGGGCCCUCGGCCUUGGCUCCCCCAGGACAGAGCAGGUGGGGCGGUUGGCUCUCUCUGGAAUCCCGCCCUGCUCGUGCUGAGGGUGGUCCCAGGGCCCGGGAAGGUGCAGAGCUGGAGCAGAUGGCAGGGGAGGCUGUGGGAGCCUGGGAGCCGCUCAGCGCCACUUGGGGGCGGCAGGUCUGUGUCCUCCCUGCCUGGCUCCCCGUGAGGGUCCUGGGCUGCAGGCUCCUUCUGGGCAGGACCCGUCCAGCGGGGCCUGAGGCAGUGGACAUUCUUGCCAGGAGCGUGUUCUGCUCUGGCCACAAGGUGGGGGCA